GGAAGCCAUGAAUUACGAGUUCGAGCGUGAAACGGGUUUCAUCAAUAGUCGGCCGUCGCUCGCGGAGUGCCUGACGUCUUUUCCCCCUGUCGACGAGUCAUUUCAGAGAUCAUCAAUCAAGGACUCAGCGCUCGCACACCCGCUCAUCCCGCCUCCCUUUGAGCACACUAUCCCUAGCCUAGGUCCAGUGAACCAGCCACGCCAUGGAAGACCCCGGCACAGCCUGAAUGGGGGCAGCCCACUGCCCACUGCUUCGCUGCCCCCGGAAUACCCGUGGAUGCGCGAAAAGAAGGCCUCCGGGAAAAAUUCCCUUCGUACACACACAGCCACCGCAGCGAAAACGGUUACAGGAGCCGCAUACUUCUCCCUUAAAGGUUCUGUCGAGCUUCCCGAGGUCACUUUGGCCGUUGGAGGGGGAGGCUCGCGUCGUCUGAGGACCGCUUACACGAACACGCAGCUGUUAGAGCUGGAGAAGGAGUUCCAUUUCAAUAAGUACUUAUGCCGACCUCGCCGCGUGGAGAUAGCGGCGCUGCUGGACCUGACUGAACGCCAAGUCAAAGUGUGGUUCCAGAACCGUCGUAUGAAACACAAACGGCAGACCCAGACCAAAGAGACUCGAGAAAAGCUGAGAAAUAUAGCCACCGGCGAAGACAGCAGUGCUCAGAGCGACGAGGAGAGUUCUAUAUUUGAGUCUAGUCUGGGUAAAGAUUCGGCACAUCUCCUAGAUAGGGAAUUGUGUUCCUCUCAACCGGAGUCAUUAUCAACUUCUCAAAAGCCCCACAACUACUCUCAAAAGUUUUCCAUAUCGUCUCUCGGUUUUAUUACCAGGAAUCUUAGCAACAUCUCCAAUCCCUCGCUCACAGUCACGAAAUGUGGAACUACACUAGGCCUUAGACCCCACUCCGCGAACUCGGACAACUGUAGCUCCCCUCUAGCUCUGGAUGGGUCUUCUAGGGAUUUCCAAAAUUUUUCUGCGGACUCGUGCUUGCAUCUGUCCGAUGGCGCUUCACCAACGCUGUCCGAAUCAAUGGGUAGCCCAGAGGACCUGUCGACGGAUAAAUUAUGGGUUUUUACCGAUGCUUUAAGUACAAUCGAUCUGCAGCAUCUUAGCUAUUGAGUACAGGAACACUGGAAUAACUUUCGUCAGAAGUUGACAUUUUUAUCACGUGUCAUUUUUAUUUGGUCACCACUGCCAAAUAGGUUAUGAUGAAAUGAUCAAAGGUAAGAUUUCCUGAAUACUAAGAAUGCUAUACAAGCUAUCUGUAAACUGUAUAGAGCAAGUUAAUAGAUUUGAAUCCUGCGCGAUAAAGUGGAAAAGAUGGACGUGUAUCUUCAUCGUUUUAUUUUUGUAUGAGAUAUUUUUGUUAGAAUAAAUCUGUCUUUUUAAAAUAACGUGUUUGACGUUUAUAUGCAUGCAAAUUAAUAGGCUGUUACACAUUUCCUUGUAAAGCGUGUACAGUAUAGGCAACUUUUGAGAACAGAUAAAUGUGUUACUGCAUAAGGCUAUUCGUGAUAAUUCAAUAGACCUAAUAAAAUGCACCUGGACUGACACAUUUACUUGCCACUGCCAAAUGACACCAAGACCACACAUAUCAGUCGGGUAAACAUUUAUAAAGAUAUAUAUGGCAAUUAGUACCACAAUCUAAAUAAAUAGUAAACGCUACACCAUCAAAAUUAGUGUGAAGGUUUCAAACUCGCAGCCUUAUGUGUUUCUGCUUUCAAUACAUAAUUUUAAUUACACAGGUUGUCCAGAGUUUAAUGACAAGUAUGGAAAAAUGGGGAGGGAAAAAAUUCCCAAUUACACGUUUAUUUGAUGGAAUUCUUAAAUGUCUAGAAAUGAUGAUCUGUCCUCUUGGCAACGAUAAGGACCCAGAACAGAAGCACAUACUCGAGACCUUCCAGCAUGUGCGUGGUGGUCUACUGUUACUUUAUUUGUCAAAAUUAGAAACGUUCAUCUUACAUCGUAAAACCCAACAUGGCUGCUUCGUCCUACGACUGUGCUCUUUGUUCGAGGCUCUGCUCUUGGCACCGCGCGGGGAAA